AUUAAUCUGUUGAAACUAGGUCGCUGUCUUUUCAGCACCGUGGACUGUGUGGAGAGAAACCUAUCGGAGCAGCAACAACCUGCAACAACUGCGUAAACAGAAUCAAUUCAACACCUUUUACCAGGAUAGUAACUCUUUUUUUUUUCGGGUAAAAUAAAAAUUGCCUUGCUAUUACUUUAUUUAGGUUUGGAGAGGGAAAACGGAUUGCUCUAUGACAUUUGCGACUAGGGCAUUUAUCAUUAGGUUGUUGAAUGGUUUGUGGUAGUAUUUGAUUGCAGCUCUCAGACAGUUAAUUUAAAUGGUUUUGAAGUUCUGUUGACUUUAUUAAAUGCUCUCGUGUCAGUUCCGAAGUCCAGAACUAUGUCUACCAUCUGAUUUAUGUUUUUGUGAGUUUUGGUGUUGAAGACAAGAGAUUUUAGCCUAGGCUAUUUAAUUUCGAUUUGAUUCAACGGAGAAUAUUAAUUUCGUGAGGAGGUUUUCCAAACAUACAAGGAAUCUGUGCUCAUAGCCAGCAUGCUGGCUUUCUUAGUUGGACUUUUAUACCUAGUGAGUGGACGCACGGUGCGCGCUCAGGAUGCGACAGGUAGCCGCUUCUUCUGCUCCGCCAUCCCAGCGGGCGCCGACCCCAGCUGCUCGUUCGACCCCAAUGGUAACCGGGUGCAGAGCACCAGCCCCGUAGAGGACGAGCUACGGAACACCAUCCUCCAACUCCGGGAGACCAUCCUCCAGCAGAAGGAGACUAUCGUGAGCCAGCAGGGCACUAUCAAGGAGCUGAACUCCAAACUGUCCCGCUGCGAGGCGGCAACGGAGGACACUGCGGGCAGGUCCAGGGGCCAGAGCUCCAGGCGGAAGGACUACAGUAAAAACACCAUGGGAGACCUUCCCAGGGACCCCACGGAAACUAUAGACCAGCUGGGAAAGACCAUGCAAGGGCUCAAGGGUCGGCUGGAGAAUCUGGAGCAGCAGCAGUUGCGUGCCAACACGUCAGUGGCAGCAGCAGCAGGUGUGGGUGGGAAUGCAGUGGGGCCCCUACCGGCGGAGCUGCGGGAGCUGCUGAAGCACCGUUUGGGGGCCCUGGAGGGCCAGCUGCUGAGGAAGGUGGCCGAGCUAGAGGAAGAGAAGAGCCAGCUGUACAACGAGACGGCUGCCCACCGUCAGCGCACCGAGAGCACCCUCACCUCGCUGCUUGAGAGGAUCACUGAGCUGGAGAGAAGUAACAACGCAUUUAAGUCACCCGAGGAUUUCAAGGUGUCUCUCCCCCUGCGGACCAACUACCUGUACGGACGCAUCAAGAAGAGUCUCCCUGAGAUGUAUGCCUUCACAGUGUGUAUGUGGCUGAAGUCCAGCGCCAGUCCUGGUAUAGGAACCCCCUUCUCCUACGGGGUGCCAGGACAGGCCAAUGAGAUCGUGCUCAUUGAGUGGGGCAACAACCCCAUAGAGCUGUUGGUCAACGACAAAGUGGCCCAGCUGCCCCUGUCGGUGAGUGACGGCCGCUGGCACCACAUCUGCAUCACCUGGACGACGCGGGAUGGCUUCUGGGAGGCAUACCAGGACGGGGAGAGGCUGGGCACUGGGGAGAACCUGGCCCCCUGGCACCCAAUUAAACCUGGAGGGGUGAUCAUCCUGGGACAGGAACAGGACAUCGUGGGGGGUCGUUUCGACGCCACCCAGGCCUUCGUUGGUGAGCUGAGCCAGUUCAACAUGUGGGACCGGGUCCUUCGGCCUGUGGACAUCAUGGGAAUGGCAAACUGCUCCUCCUACAUGCCCGGAAACGUUGUUCCCUGGAUCGACACCAAUGUAGAAGUCAUGGGAGGAGCAUCCAAGGCGGCGUUGGAGAUCUGUGAGGACCUAGAAAGAAUCCCCAGGUUCCAGAGAGGGCUAUUGAUGAGUAUAGAAUAUUAAGGCAACAGCUGCCAUCCCAAGCAGCUUUGUGCGGUGGCCGGCCCAGGCAGGUUAAAAGCAAAGUCGGAAAGCUGCCGAGGACUGGCGGGAAGCCAGGAAUUCAACGCUCUGAGCGCCACACUGAGGGAGUGUGGGUUGGAAUGGGAUGGGAAAGACUGGAUGACCUUCAAGGAAGGAUUUUAUCCAUAAUCUGUGUUAGUAAAUAUCAUGUUUGUCAUAUGAAUGAGAAGAUGAAUGUGAGCUAUUUUACUAUCCCGUUGCAAUGUAUAAUAUAGGGGCAUUUUGCUAGAAGCCAGAGAGACGCUAUGAAACUGAAGAUGAUGACUGUGAAACUAAAGAUGAGAAGGGAUCUGAAUGUUUCUGGUUGGAUCAAGACAUAAAGCACUGGAACACUUUGCUAUGUUUCUGUUUGUAGAGGCAGAAAAAUAACAAUGCCUUUAAUUUUCUUAAGGGUAAGAAAAAAUUACCAAGGUCUGAAUUAAUAUUGUGCUUCAUUCCAGUCCAUUUAAACUACAGUGAUUUGAAAUGUGGUGCAGAAGAUAGACGUGUGUCAAGUUUGCUUCUUCAACACUGUUCACACUUGUUUUACUGCAACACAAUACCACAAUGCCUGUCAAUUCAACCCUUAUCUGGUGAUGGAGAGUGCAGAGGACUAUCCUGAUGUUAGGAAACAAAUGGACGUUCAUCUCUUCCUUUCCUUUGUGACAUCUUGGAAAGAUAUAUUUCUGGAAAAAAAGAACAGCAGGAUUCUGAAAAUUUCUGAUGGCCUUUGAGAAUGAUAAAAUGCAGUAAUGUUUUAAAGGGGUACACACUUAUCAUUUUAGAACAUUUAACUUUUAAAAGUUAUUCCACACAUGAAUGUCCUUUUAUGUGUUAUAUAAAUGUAACUGAAGGUUUUAUUGUAUUUUAUUAGCAUUUCUGCUCAUGAGUUAGUUUGUUUGCCUGCACUGAAUCACUAUUUAAAUCAGAAUAUUAGUGAAAGAAGACCAUCUUCUUUUAAAAUGUUCAAUUGCCUUUUUUUUCUGCACCGAAUGUGCUUUUUGUUCGUGGAUUAUUCAAACCAUAAAGCUGGAAUCUGGUGAAACUGCCACGUCCGUUUGUGAUAUCACAAUAACAAAGAAGUUACUGCAAACAACGAACACUGAAUUUAACCUUGGACAUCAUUGCACAAUUAUUAUUAUUUAUUUUUUACAAUGCGGCGUAACAAAACAAUAACAAUGGUGGUGGGAUGGCCAGUGGUGCUGCUUUCCCCUACUGUGGAUUCCAUCUUUAAGUUCAGCAAAUAUCAUUUGUAUUUUUUUUUCUACAAUGCAACCUUGGAAUUGUGAAAAGAUAAAUGAGAAACAAAAAAUUAUUCAGCUGUUGCUUUAACCUCAUCUUCAUCUACCAUUUAUGUUCUGUGUCUCCAUGCAGUGUGGUUGGAUGUCCUCU